CUUUUUCAAAAAAAAAAAAAAAAAAAAAAAAAAAAAAAUCACCUAUUCGAUUCUCUGUAACAGCUUAGUUUGCGUUUAAUACACAUUUUCAAAUCUUCACCAAAUACUCGAGAAGAUGGCGGUGAUAAGCGGGAUGUUGGGGUCGGCGGUAGCCCGGCUGGAGGGCCGUGAAUUCGAGUAUUUGAUGAAGAAAAAGUCGGUGACCAUCGGCCGGAACUCCUCGCAGGGCUCGGUGGACGUCAGUAUGGGACAUUCCAGCUUCAUCUCUCGGCGGCACCUCGAAAUAUUCACCGCGGGAGAGGAUGGCACUGGCACAGGGGAAUACUAUCUCCGAUGCCUAGGGAAAAACGGGGUGUUUGUUGAUGGGGUGUUCCAGAGAAGAGGGGCGCCACCUCUCCAGCUUCCACGAAUGUGUUGUUUCCGGUUCCCCAGCACAAGUAUAAAGAUCACGUUCACAGCUCUGUCCAAUGACAAGAAGGAGCCAAGGAACAUGCCGGAAUCCCCAGUCAAAACCAUCCAGCCCCAGAUUUCACCACUGACCAUAAACAUUCCUGACAACAUUGCCCACCUCAUGAGCCCCCUGCCUUCACCUACUGGCACCAUUAGUGCAGCAAACUCCUGUCCAUCAAGUCCACGAGGGGCAGGGCUCUCUAGCUACAGGGCUGGCCGUGUUUUGGCCUCUGACCUUAUAGGGGACAACUCCCAAUCAGAAAAUGACAAAGAGGCCUCGGGUGAAGACAGCCCAAAGGAUGACUCCAAACCUCCAUAUUCUUAUGCUCAACUAAUAGUCCAAGCUAUCACCAUGGCCCCGGAUAAACAGCUAACACUGAAUGGAAUAUACACUCACAUCACCAAGAACUAUCCCUACUACAGAACAGCUGAUAAAGGCUGGCAGAACUCGAUCCGGCACAACCUGUCCCUGAACCGGUACUUCAUCAAGGUGGCCCGCUCUCAAGAGGAGCCAGGCAAAGGCUCAUUUUGGAGGAUCGACCCCACCUCUGAAGGGAAGCUGAUAGAACAAGCCUUCAGGAAGCGCAGGCCCAGGGGGGUGCCCUGCUUCAGGACCCCUGUGGGACCUCUUUCCUCUAGGAGUGCUCCAGCUUCUCCCAACCACACAGGGGCACUGUCCGCCCACUCCAGUGGGGUCCAGACCCCAAACAGCUUGUCUAGAGAGGGGUCCCCAGUCCCCAUAGAGCCCGAGCCAACCCCUCCACCAGCCCCCUCACAAACCACUACAGUGCAGCCCAAACUUGCUGUCAUCCAAGAGGCUCGCUUUGCACAGAACUCCCCUGGCUCCCCACUCAACAACCAGCCAGUAUUGAUCACCGUACAGCGCCAGAUGCCUCAGACGACCAUCAAGCCUGUGACUUAUGCCAUGGCCACACCAGCCAUUGUAACGACGACUGUUAGCUCCACCCCCGUCAUGCAGACAGUGCAUGUUGUCCACCAGAUCCCAGCAGUCACCGUGGCAACUGUUGGUGGACAAUCAGCUGCUGCAGUGAGCCCAGAACCUCAGGAGAAUGGAGGUGGAGAGCACCAAGAGGUCAAAGAAGUGAAAGUGGAGCCGGUGCCAUCCAUCACAGCCUCAUCUAUAGGUGGAGUCAGUCGUAUAAUCCAAAGCUCUCAGGCCACUCCCCUGACAACAGUUACUAUCGUGCAACAAGCUCCGCUUGGUCAGCAUCAGCUCCCAAUAAAGGCCAUCACACAAAAUGGGACCCAUCUGGUCCCCAUCAGUACUGCUGCUAGCACAGCUGUUGCAAACCCUCUCCACCUCCUGGCGACCCACGCAUCAGCCUCUGCAUCCCUCCCUACCAAGCGGCAGAAUGGAGAAGUGCAAGACCAACCUGAAUCGAAGAGAGUCAAAACAAAGGAGGAGGGUGAAAUGGCAGCUGCCAACACCAACGGUACCACAGACAGAGUUGGAGAAAGAGGGGUCAGUGAACAGGUCAAUGACAAGUAGCCUCCCCCUGAUCUGCAUCCUGACCCCUGCUUUCCUGUACGCAAUGAGCCUCACACCUUCCACACUCGUGCCCUUCCAUCCUACCUGGUUAUCACCUUACUUCAUGGUGCCAAAAAUAGAAGAGACAUGGAAACACAAACAGGACUACAAAAUGUGCAAAACCUCCUGAACUAUCCCUCCUCCCCCAACUUCUCCUCUCCCACAUAUUUAAGACCAUGAAAUACGAUGCAAAAACUAGAGACCAAAUUGAAAGUAGAAUUACAAAAGAGUUGCUGAUGACUAUGAAACCCUGAUGUUUGAGACUCAGAUGGCAAGAAGCACAGUAAGAGAGAAUGUAUUUUAAAAUCCAGAAAAAAAAAAGACUUGGUGGACAAGUGAGGAGUCCCGAAUCUCCCCAGUGAUGGAAAGGAGCCUCUUCCUGGUAGCAUGACAGACAAGCGCUUAACUGUGUGUCAGAUAGAAAAAGCAAACAAGCGAAAUCGGUAAUUAUUCCACAAAGGGAAGUGUGUGUACCUAAGUGUGGACAUUCCCAUCUUUGGCAGCUAGCCUCCAUGUCGACCUACCUAACCCAGUUGUGAGUAGAUGUGCAGUAUUCCGUUGUACAAGUACAUUUGUGGAUAUUUUUGAGUGUUUCUCCGUUUCCUAAGGCACAGAUACAAUCUAGUAAUAAUUAAGAUAACUAAAAGCUAUAAGUGGAGUCUUUAAGAACAUUUAAACAUCACAACAUAGAAUCUUUUUUGUCUGUAUGUGGACUCUUUGUUCAGUGAAAUGAAUGUAGUCUCUUUUUUCCCCUUUUAAAAAACACUAUGGAGUAGAUGUUCUUUGCUCAUUCAUGCAAAUGAAAUUUCUUUCACUAUAUCAGAGUUUUCAUAUUUUACAAAUAUCCUAUGACAUAAAAAGUAUAUUCCUAUGCGUAUUUGGUCAUAUGCUUCAUCAAGCUUGCAUGUUACCAUUCUAGAGACAAUGUACUUGAGCUGAUUUAUUUGAAUAUGGAACUGAAGAAAAUUUAGACUGAAUCUACGUUAUAUGAUUGCUGCACUUAACCCUCAUAGUUCUCUUUUCUUUUACUUUUUGUACGUUUGUCUACAUUAGAUGAUUGCUGCACUUAACCCUCAGAGUUCUUUUCUUUUACUUUUUAUAUGUUUAUUUGUUCUGUACUUUCCAUCAUCAUUGGUUGUCUGUUUUGCAUUGAAUUUGGCAAGCUCUCUGAUUUUAUUCUUUUCAGACUACUAAAACAUCUAUUCAGAUUUUCUGUUACAUGAGGAAAAACAAGUGAUAGGUGUAUAUGCUUCAGUGCUUUUUUUUUUUAUAAAUUUAUUUAAAACAGUAUCUCUUAGUUUGUAUUUCUUUGAGUAAAAACCCUUUUUGCUGGCCAAACACAAGCUCAAAAUCCAUUUGUGUAUGAAGAAUUAUUUCUUUCAGAGAAAAGAAGUUAUGAAAAUAUGUUUCCUAACUGGUGCUGUGAAGAAUAAUGUGGCUGAUGAGAUAAUCAUCUGGAAAUGUGCUUCAGCUGCUGUGUAGUUCUCUGUUUCCUGUUCCAGGAAGCCUGUGUACCACCAGGAUGGAGCUGCUUCCCUUGUAAACUAUCAGCUUUCUUAAGGUACAAAAAGAGCUUGACUCUCUCAUUUCAGUAGUGGAGCUGAACAGGAAAGUAAGGGCCUAAGUAAGGGCUAAAGUAUUCUUUAUGCUUCCAACAACUCAGUCUGUAUGAAUAGGUAUCCUAUCAUGUCCAAAGGCAAAAAUGUUAAUAAGCUGAUCAAAUUGGACACUUUGAAGGUGGGGUGAAUUGCCAGCUGUUGGU